ACACUACCGGUUGUCCAAUACAAUACGGAGUAAAAGCAAAUGGUAUGAUAUGGCAAGGUGGCCAAUUCGCUGAAAGUGUCCACCACUCCUCCAUUUCCGUCACUUUUCUGUUAAGAUGUGGACCAAAAUGACACUACAAAAUACUAGUAAAUGAUACCGGUGUUCUUACACCUAAUCUCAGAGUACUCACACGUACUUUAUUCACAUCUAAUUCUGGAUUUUAGUGACAUUCCUUGUACGGAGUAUAAGCUAGCUGUAAUCGGAUUUCUGGUUUAGUGAUCCUCGUUCCUCACACAUUUCUGUAGUUUAGGGUUUGUGUUUUGUGUUCUUGCUGUCGAAAUCCCAGUGCAGUAGUAGCAUCCCGUGAGAAUGAUCUGAAGAAAGAUAUCACCUUUCUGUUCGUCUUCCCGGAAAAAGAGCACAUUCUCAAGAAAGAUUCAAUCUUGGUACAAUAUAGAUACUAGGGAUCAUUAUAAUAAUAAUAAUAGAACAAUACGGUGUUAUAAAGAGAGACUAUGAUGGUUCUAUUUGGGAGCCCAGGGACGGUGAGUGGGCUGUUUUUGAGGAUAGGACAGUGUGGGUUCGCUGCUGCGUCUAUUGCGGUUAUGGCUUCUGCUUCUGGUUUCUCCGCUGCCACUGCUUUCUGCUAUUUGAUUGCUUCAAUGGGGCUUCAAGUGUUAUGGAGCUUUGCACUUGCGUGUCUUGAUAUUCAUGCUUUGCGGUUGAAAAGAGAUAUGCAAAAUCAUGUUUUACUGAGCCUGUUCGUUGUUGGUGAUUGGGUGACAGCGACACUAUCGCUGGCAGCAGCAUGCGCAUCAGCUGGAGUGGCAAUCUUGUUCGACAGGGACACAACCAUCUGCCAAAGAAUGGAAAAGCUGUCGUGCACCAUGUUUCAAAUAUCAAUAGCUAUGGCAUUCUUCGCCUGGUUUCUUCUCUCCCUCUCUUCAUAUGUCAUGUUCUUGCUCGUUGCUAGUGCUGCAUCUCAGCAUUAGAAUGAUUCAUGCACUAUGGAGUGAUUCCUACCUCUCUUUCCAUCAGUUAUCAAGCCAUUUUUAUUGUUCUAGCUCAAUGUGAAUAUAUAUUAUACUACAUGCAUUUCGGUAACAAUGUAUAGACAUUAACGUAUUUUAUGAAGUUUUUGACAGUAUAGUAUAUAUGUUUCCCUUUUCUGACCUGACAAACGGAGUUUUGUACCCUGGAAACUCCGCAGGACUCAUGUCUUCGCAAUUCAAAGGUGUUUCCCACUCGGGAAAAUGUGGAAAAUUAUUCCAUAUCAUAUAAUUGGUGUUUGUUCUUAAUUGGUGGAGCAAGAUGGCUGUUAAAGUACCAAGGUAGUAUAGCUUAUUAGGGAUGCAAUUCGAUUCUGGUUGUGCAGGCCCAAUUCCCAAAGCAUGUUUUCCAUACCAAUUGAGCAGGCCGAUAAGAUUUUGAAGACACAUUUUCCUCGUUUGCUUUGGUUGCUCUUUGCUUAGAAAACUUGUUUGGGGCACUCCAAUGACUCAAGAACAUAUCAACAUAUUCACAACACAUCUUAUACUUUAAAGCAUUUCUAAUGCAAAAGUGUGAACACAUACAUCACAGGAGAGGAAUAGACACAAAAGUUAAUUACUAGAGUUUCUCUCUUUCUUUUUUGCAAUGUUAUUAUCUAGAUAUUGUGCAUGAGAUGGUCGAGAAUUGCAAAGAUUGAGUUCUUAGAAGAAGAAUAUAAGAGUUGAUUCAUCAUCAUCACCACCCCAUUGCUGCAAAGGCUCCCACUUACGGUGCGGUAAGGGCCCCCAGAUGUACGCAACCUUAUCCAUGUACUAAAGCAGAAAAAAGCUGUUUUCGAUGACCCAUGCUGAAAAUCACGUCGAAAAUUGCAUGGAUUGAUUACUACUUUAUAACAAAGAAGCGCAGACAAUUCAGUGAACUAUUUUGUUUUGUUCCAUCAUAUUCCCAA